AUGCACAUCAUUCAGCCUAUUCUGGAGGCUGCGUGCAAGAGGCAAAAAAGGCUGCCCGUCCAUAUGGGCGUGGAUGUGAUGGCAUUGGCGUGCCUGAAACCCGGUCGCCUCUGCUUUGGCCCAUCGAGGAUGAAGGGGAGAUCCCUAAAAGUACGUGCGAAGACGACCGCUGUCGCGGUCCUCAGCCGCCCAUAUGGCAUUGCGUCGACUGCGACAGCUCGUAUUGCAGGACCUCACAAACCGAAGAAGAAGGGCCGUGAUGGCAUGCCACACGAGAGGACAAGUCCGCACGUUGUACGCUCGCUGAAGGGCAUCCUCAAUCCCACGCGAAACUCGGCAGAAAUCCAAAAACUUCACGAGGACGAUGAAGCGACGAAAUGGUUCGGUGUCACCCGAGAUGCGACCGCGAAGCCGACGUUCCAGGACUAUGGCCGCUAUGCUACCCUCAUGUCCAACAUCUCGCCGCUCGAGAAUCAAUCACACCGGUAUCCGCAGAUCGUGUCCUUCAUUGGUGUGACGAAUGCUGGAAAGUCAACUCUGAUCAAAAUGUUGGUGAACCACGAACUGCAGGAGCAAUCCGCGGUGAAUCGGUCAAUGUUUCCUUCGCCCGUCGUCGGCAGUGUGGUCAACGAUGCGGUUCCUACCUCCGGAGAUGUCCACCUUUAUGCCGAUCCCGCGACGCACGCUGAGCAGUUGCCAAUACUGUACGCCGAUUGUGAAGGAUUCGAGGGUGGCGAGCGUACUCCUCUUGGGUCUCGCGGGCGUCGUAAGACAAUGCACGCAGCUGCCGAGAUGGACAAUGGCGAUUUCCAGCCUGUAUCAGCCCAGGUCCACAGCCGUACGAUUGAAUGGGCCAAUACCGAAGAAACACGCCAGCGCGAAUUCACAGUGUCAGCCCUUUAUCCACGGUUGCUCUACACAUUCUCCGACUGCGUGGUCUUCGUCCUUAGGAAUCCCAAGACUUUCCAGUCUGCUGUGUUAGGAAAGUUGUUGGAAUGGGGUGCGAGCUCGCUUGAGAAGUCUAUCAAUCAACCGGCGCUUCCACACUGCAUCGUUGCUGUGAAUGGGUCGGAUCCUUCAGUGGAUGGGAAAGAGUGGGAUGUCGACUAUGCAACACAGAACUUGCUUUCAUCCGUGCGAGGAGCUCUCGAUAGCGUCGAAGGCGUACCGCGCUUCAGAGCACUGGCGGAGCACUGGAGGAGCCUCGGGAAGCAUAUAUACACCGUGGAGGACCUAAUCCUGCGAUACUACAGCUCCUUCAAAGUCGUCCGAAUACCUGCGAAACCACGAUACACCACAAUCAGCGAACAGGUUGGCAAAUUGCAGCAAAUGAUCAAGUCAAAUUGCGAGGAAUCGUUCCGGAACAAACGCAGAGCGCGCAUGCUUUCGACUGCAGAUGAACUUCAAAUCUACCUGCAGGCAGGGUUCGAUCACUUCACCACGCAUCUGGAUGUGCCUUUUGAUUUCAUGCAGAUUUCACUCUUGCGCAACCCAAUUCCUAACGACUUCGGCGGACACAUUCUUCAGCUCUGCGCGACGAUCAGCUCUCAACAACCGAAUCACCAGCCUGGCAGGAUAACCUGGAUCUUCGAAAAGCUUAGUGUCAUGCUGGCUUCAUGCGUGCUCCUCGAUUGUGCCCGAUUCCGUAAAGGACAAGUGGAAGAGCUUUUCUCAAGCUACGAGAAGUUCUUCGAUUGGGCGAUGGGAGAGUAUCUGGAGAUGCAUUACCCCUGUUCAUACGUGAGCGCGGACGGGACCCGUCAAUGCAUGCUCGUCAAAGCUCGUCAUCUCCCGAAAGGUCACCAGGACGAGCAAGGCAUCAUCGCCACUGGUGAUUACCAGGCGGCCUUCGACUCGAACUUCUUGCAAACGUGGAAAGCUCAGCUGCGUGCGGCAGUCGCUACCAUACAGAGAGACUUCCAAUACGAGUUGGAACAAAUCACAGAAAAAGGCGAGAUACACACCAUUUCCGAGGAGAGUCUAGCGCUGGACCUGCACAUCGAUUACCUGAACACAUUUUUCGAGGCUGUGGGUCCGGCAUCGUCGAUUAGCAGUCAUGCAACGUGCUUUUGCUGCUUGAUGGACGUUCCAGAACACCCUCUGCCAUGUGGUCACGUACUCUGCACGGCCUGCAUUAAAGCAUACGGCAAGCAGAAGAGAUCUUCCGUUGUCGUGUCGUGCUGUCCACUGCAUCGCGAGUCCACAAAUUGGGCAAAGCCUCAGAUCAUCAAAUUCAAGCCAGCAGGCGCAGGAGCACGCGUGCUGUCCUUGGAUGGAGGCGGUAUCCGUGGUAUUGUUCAGCUGGAAGUGCUACGAGCGAUCGAGAACGUUCUGGGCGGUCACAUCUCCGCUCCAUCAUUCUUUGACUUGAUCGUGGGAACCGGCACCGGCGGCUUGCUGGCUGCUGCUCUCUCGCUCAAGGAAAGAACCGUUGAGUCGUGCAUUGAUAUGUUCACCGCUCUCUGUGAUCAUGCGUACACUCGGAGGCGAGUGCCUAUCAUCAGCCACAUCGCAAGUGUGCUUGGGAGUGGACCGAAAUACAAGACUAAGCCUUUGAUCAGCGCUCUCCAGACUGCAUUCGGUCCGGAUGAUGCUUUCUUUGGAUCGAACAACAAGUUCCGGAAUGGCUCCCGAGUUGGCAUCACUUCUACCAGUGCCACUGGGCAAGACACCAUAUUGCUUGCAAGCUAUCGUCGACCCGACGACCUAAAGCCUGCUUAUGCUUUCGAGAGGCCGCACGACCCGGAGCUGGAAAUGAAGACUUUCGAGGCUCUCGCAGCCUCUCUUGCAAAUCCCAACCUGUUCCGACCUUUUAUCUUUCACAACAAAGCAUAUCUCGAUGGAGGUCUACGCUUGCCCAAUCCCGCAGUCGUGGCAGAGCGGGAGCGGAGGUUGAUCUGGCCCGACUCAGGACAGCCCGAUAUGUUCUUAUCGCUCGGCACUGGUCAGAAUAGAUUGACGGUCCUUCAGAAGCUUUCAGAUCGACCGAAGGACUCGUCGGCCUCCAUCAUUUCUGCAGCCAAUCCCCGAACAUUGAAAUUGUCAUCGGGUCGGUGGCGAAGUCGACGAGCCGACGAUGUUUUGGAUGCGGAGCUCGCCUGGGCAGAUUUCAGGGCAGAGAUUGUGAAAGAUUCAUUGGAGGCCAGAGGUCGGCGAUUCAUCAGAUUCAACCCAGAUCUGGACAAGGAUCCGCCUAGUGGGGACAACAAGUCAGAGAUGCUGUCGUUGCAGCUGAACGUACGGAAGCGACUGCAGACCGCCCAUCGACAGGCAGCUCUGCGGAAUGUAGCACAUCGCCUGGUGGCAUCAUCGUUCUACCUGGAGUUGCAAUCCAAGGCCACAGCCGAGAAGAGCGAGCAGGUGUGCGCCGCUACCAUCGUCUGCCGCUUUGACGACGGUAGUCCUGAGAUGGCAGCUCUUGGCCACAUCCUCAAAGAUCGACGAGUGGACGAUUUUGAGCCGUACUUCUUGAUCAAGCCAAAUCAAGAUCAAAAGGAAACGUCUUUCAAGGUCACGAUUACUGCCGACGUGACGGCCGGUAUGAUCAACAACCAUGUGUUUGGACUGCCAAACACAUACAUCCCCUUGCGAGACGAGAGCAAAGCAACAUCUAUAACCCUCUUUCUGACAAAGCAUGAUGGUCUGGAGCCGGAUGGUUUCCCUAUCAGUGGCUUUCCCAAAGUACUUCUAGGAGAGCAGCCGUCGGCAAAGACCAAACCUCGUCGUGCUGUGCGCGAGAGCACCGAGCCAAUGCGGCGCAAUGGAAAGUCCUCUGACGGCGACUCUGUGUCACUGAAUGGAGGUCCGGACGGCAGUGACACAGCUUCGAUACAAGAGUUGACGUCCAAAUUCGCCCGCAACAGCAUGUCCUCCAACAACGGAAGACCCAAGAUGUCGCUUGCAGACCUCAUCGAUCAGCACCAAAACUCCGGCACCAGCAUAAAGGCACGGACCAACCGCUUCUGGACGUAUAUCGGUAACAACCACAUGGCCCAGAAUCCGGACAUGUACACGGAAGAUGAGCUCUCCAAGUACGCCGUGAAUGCUUCAGCGGACGAUUCUCCCAAUCUCGAACGUCCUCCACGAACAUCCUCCAUCACUCCCAUAACUGCACUACCGCCCAUGCCGGCGGCUCCACAGCCCACCCUCCUUCACUCUCGUCAUUACAUCCCGACCAUGACACCAGGCUUCACCGAAAUCGACGCGGACAAUAAACCCGCAUUCCAGGUCUCGCGUCGCACGCUCACCGCCCAGUCUGGAAACAACAACAGCUGUAUUGACCUCUCUAUAUCCUUCGAUCCCGGCAUGAGCAGGCAGCCCUCCAACGACAGCAGCGCCGACACCCUCACCCGGUCCAACUCUCAAGUGACCUGGACCGGAUCCCAACAAAGCACCCGCGCCUCGGAAACCACCUUUUCAUCCACGACGCACCGCAACACCCUUCCCAGCGUGGGCGACGACGGCUUCGAAGACGAUGGCGACUGGUACAGCGGCGACGACGUAUCACUCGGCGAGGCACAGCCAACCUCACUUGUACAGCUCGCACCCGCGUACCCAGUCCGAUCCAGAAACUCCACCUCCACCAUUGACGCGGCUGUUGCGGGCGCGCUCCCCGACGAGAAUGCUAAGGUCGCUCUCGAUCGAUGGUUGACGUCGCAAAAGAGCUCCCUCUCGAUCCGCCACAGCAAAGGCGAGAAGCUGAAGGCGGUGCAAGAGGAGGAGUGA